AUGAUUGCGAUGUCGAGUGUUGCCACGGCAGUAAUUGCUCUCGCCGCGUGGGUGUACGCCGGGCAGCCUUCGUCGGUGCAAAACCCCACCGCGCUACCCUCCCAGGCCGUGUUCGUCGACCCGCACUCGUUCGCAGUGCUCGGGGCCAACGCCACGUUCCGCACCAACGCCUUCGGCCAGCUCUUCAACCCGACCAACACCACCCCGCCCUUCUUCCAAGUCUUCCACCAGGACUUCCUCAAGAUCCUCGGACCCAGCCCGACCCUGCGCGCCGUGACCGCGAACCCGACGUUCGCCUUCGCGCACGAGGCCCCGAUCUGGGACCCGGCUACGGACGAGGUGUUCUUCGCGAGCAACGACGGCGGCGCACUCGGAAUGAGCGACAUCGACCACAACAGCCAGGUGUCCAAGAUCUCGCUCGCCGAGGUCGCCACCGCGAUCAAGGCCGCGGGCCCCGGCGCCGCGCCGGUGAACGUGAGCGUCACGAAGCUGGACCUCCCGGACACGAUCCAGAUGACGAACGGCGGCACGGGACCCUUCGACGGGCAGCUCGUGCUCAUAACCUCCGGACGCGGCCCGCGUCCGCCGUCGAUUGCGCUCGUCAACCCCACGCCCCCGCACAACACCACGGUCCUGCUCGACAACUUCUUCGGCCGGCAGUUCAACUCCCUCAACGAUAUCAAGGUCCUUCCCGGGACGAACAAGCUGUUCUUCACGGACGUCACUUACGGGUUCUUGAACCACUUCCGCCCUGCACCGUUGAUGCCGAACCAGGUGUACCGCUUCGACCCCGACACGAGCGCGGUGCGCGUCGUCGCCGACGGCUUCGACAAGUGCAACGGGAUCAUCUUCAGCCCCGACGGCUCCGUCGCCUACGUGACGGACACUGGGGCGACCGGUGGGUUCCUGGGUAGCAACCAGACUGAACCCGCGACCAUCUACGCGUUCGACGUCGACCGGAAGACGCACGCGUUCACGAACCGCCGCGUGUUCGCGUUCGUCGACACCGGCAUCGCCGACGGCGGCCAGGUCGACGCCGCCGGCAACCUCUACGCCGGCUGCGGCGACGGCGCGCAGGUCUGGGCCCCGGACGGGACGCUGCUCGGCAAGUUCUUCCUCGGCACGCUCUCCGCCAACCUCGUCUUCGCUGGGGACGGGCGCGUCGUGAUCAUGGCGGAGACGGCGAUAUACCUUGCGGAGAUCGCGGCCAAGGCGCACAAGGUCUCGUUCCCGUGA